UGUAGCUGGAGAAGAUAGAAUCAGCUGGCGAGAUUGAACGACAUGCUCUAGACUCCAAUGGAAGAAUUUCCUAAGAUGAUCUCUGCUGACUGAACUCCUCCUCCACUUCCCCGGGAGCUUUACGUCCUUCCCCUUCUGCUCAGAUUUCAUCCACAAACGGAGAAGCAGACUUUCACUGACGUUUUCUCUAUCGACAGCUUGUUCCUGUCAAAACUACAUAGCAACAAAGAAAAAACUAACAGUAUGGAGAAGGUGUGAAGGAAAGAGGUAAUUGGAAAGAAAAAAUUGGGGGAACAAAACUGGAUUAAAAAAGAUGAGGUCAGGAAAAGAAGUAGCUGGACAUGAAAAAAGAGAAAAGGAAAAAAAAUCCCAUUGAGGUCUCCACCGGUUUCUAAUAAUGGCUGCAGAUGUUUAUAAGAAGAAAGAUGUGCCCAAUGGAUCCUUAGCACCGUCUGAUGGACAGCAGUCCGAGAGGUCAGAGAGUCCAACCCCAGGACUGACCCAGGGAACAGAACCAGGGGCAGGCCAAGAGGGAGCCAUAUUUGUUCACACUAGGUCGUAUGAGGACCUAACAGGUACAGACAAUACAGAAUCAGCACCCAAGAGCUCAGAUGAGAGGGAAGAGUCUCAAAGUGAUGAGCUCAAGAUAGAAGAGAUCAGCAAGGAUUUCAGUGAACUAAGCACACAACUUACUGGUAUAGCACUGGACCUAGAAGAAGAGAUAAGGCAGAACAAUGAAGACAAUUUGGAACUCUCGCCACAAGGUUCACGUCGAGAUUCAGUCCUAUCAGGGAAAGAAGAAGAAGAUAUAACCAUGGAGGCCUGGCGCAUGCAUCAGAAACAUAUCUUUGUUCUAAGUGAGGCAGGCAAGCCCAUAUACUCACGAUAUGGGUGUGAAGAGGCUUUGUCUACUACCAUGGGAGUAAUGAUGGCUUUGGUCUCCUUUGUAGAAGCAGAGAAGAAUGCCAUGAGAUCAAUUCAUGCAGAUGGAUACAAGGUGGUCUUUCUGCGCAAGAGUCCCCUGGUGCUUGUUGCAGUGGCUCAGACUCGUCAGUCAGAGCAAGAAAUUGCUCAAGAACUCCUUUAUAUCUAUUACCAGAUAGUCAGUCUCUUGACAUUGACUCAGCUUAACCGGAUAUUCCAACAGAAGCAGAACUAUGAUCUAAGGAGACUGUUAGCAGGCUCUGAGCGUAUAACUGACAACUUGGUAGACCUGAUGGCUAGAGACCCCAGUUUUCUCAUGGGGGCGGCACGUUGCCUGCCUAUGGCUGCUGGAGUCAGGGAUGUGGUGAGUGCUUGCCUUCAACAAGCCAAAGCGAAAAGCCUGGUAUUUGCCAUCUUAUUGUCAAAAAACCAAUUGGUAUCACUUGUGAGGAAAAGGGACCAAUUCCUUCAUCCAAUUGAUCUCCACUUGCUCUUUAAUCUCAUUAGCUCAUCCUCCUCAUUUAGAGAAGGAGAAGGUUGGACUCCAAUAUGCCUUCCCAAGUUCAAUUCCAAUGGUUUCUUCCACGCUCACAUUUCUUAUUUGGAACCAAACGUUGACCUGUGCCUUGUCCUGAUUUCUACUGAUCGUGAGGACUUCUUUACUGUAUCUCGCUGCAAGCAAAAAUUCCAAGAACACCUAAAGAAGCGUGGUGUUCAUCGUGCUCUCUUGGAAGCAGUGCGGACUCCUUUCUACAGUGUCUCCCAGGUGGGAAUUCCAGACCUUCGACAUUUCAUCUACAAAUCUAAGAGUUCAGGACUUUUUACCAGCCCAGAGAUCGAAGCUCCUUAUAUCACUGAGGAAGAAAAGGAAAGGCUCCUGGAAUUGUAUCAGUACUUGCAUAGCCGAGCUCACAAUUCUGCCCGUCCUCUCAAUAACAUCUAUUAUACUGGAUCCAAUGAAAAUCUCCUGGCCUGGGUGACCAGUGCUUUUGAACUCUACGUAUGCUUCAGCCCCAUGGGGACCAAAGCAGCAGCUGUCAGCAGUGUCAACAAGCUGAUGAAGUGGAUCCGUAAGGAGGAAGACCGGCUUUUUAUAUUGACGCCCCAGACUUACUGACUGUUGUGACCUGGGCUGCCUGCCUUGUUCUGAACACUUCAAA